CUUUCAGAUAUAUUCUAAAAAUCAUGACCUCUAAACUUGAGCCAUUGUCAAUUACAGAUAAAGAGGUUUUCUUUACCUGUGGACUAGACUAUAAGUGGUGGUGUACGGCUACUUACCUGCUUUUUGGUUUUGUCGUCUUGUUUAAGGGGGCGUUUCCUGGAAAUCUGCAGCUGGUUCUGGUGCUCAGGCCGUCUAGGUUUUUCCAAAGGACGAUUGCUGACAUUGGCAUCAGGCUGCACAAAGAUGACUUUAAAAUGAAGAUUGUGAUGCUGAACUCUUUGUCAGACCUUCAUGGCUAUGUGGACAGAGGUCAACUGACCCUGGAGUUGGGGGGAAGUUUGGAGUAUUGUCACAGUCAGUGGAUCCACCACCGAACCGCCAUAGAGAGCUUCGCAGUCACAGUGAAGACCACGGCAGAGAUGUUACAGAAGUUUGGAACUGACCUGGCAGAGACAGAGUUACCUAACGAUGUCCAGUGCACCAAAGACCUUCUUACUGCACACAACAACAAACACAACAACCUCAAGGAUGAACUAAAGCUGGCACUUAAACAGGGCAACACCUUGUUGACUUGUAUCAGACAUCAGGCAGCGAAGUCUGAGAACCAACCACUGAACCCAGAUGAGAAAGAGAAUCAGACUACAGUAGAGAGGUAACAACAUCCUUAUUUCUAUGCUCUGGACUAGGGGUGGCUCAAUACAACGUUUUCAUAUCCGAUACCUUUACUGCAACUGCCGAUAAUUUCUGCCGAUACCGAU